AUGGUAGGCAUGGUGAAGAAAUGCUUAAGGAAGGUUUCACAUCGACAGAAGAUUAACCUUACCGAGUUGCAAACCUUUGUCACAGAAAUAGAAGCACAAGUCAACAACAGACUAUUAACCUAUCUUUCAGAUGACUUCUCCCAGAGAAAUCCCCUGAGUCUCUCUCAUCUGAUUCAUGGUAGCCUUCUGAGCCCUCUGAUAUCUCUAGAGGAUGAGGAUCUGGAAGGGCCUUCAUGUGUUGGAAGAAGUGACUUAGUGGAAAGUUACAAACAUCUUUCGAGAGUGAUAGGCAGGUGGAAUGAAGUGUGGACUCGUGAAUAUCUAACUGCUCUGAGAGAGUAUCAUUAUGGAGCUGCAAGCCCAUAUAAUGAAGUUCAAUUAAAACCAGGUGAUCUAGUCUUAGUUGAUAGUGAUGGACUCAGGUUAGAUUGGCCUAUUGGCAAAACUGUUGAUGUACAUCCUGAUCACCAAGGUGUAUUAAGAAUAGUUAGGGUUCAGUGUCAAGGCAUGACCACCCUAAAAACUCUAGAAAAAUUAGUACCACUAGAACUAGCAAAACAUGAAUGUUUUUCAGAGGCAAAUUCACCCCAAGUUUCAGAAAACAGUAAAUCUGUCCACCUGAGUACACGUCCAUCUAGAAUGGCUGCUCAACAAUGCAAGCUGAAACUCAAACAAUACUUUGAUUCUGCUUAA